AUCGCAAGACCUCUUCGAUGGGUCGCUGACAUGUGUUGCUAGGAUUCACGCCAGCAAGCUUUCAAAUUCAACAGACAGAAAAAAAUUGAAAGCAUGUCCAAAUAAGGUCGACGGUAACACGUCCUACAUUUAAGUAACCUGUAUUCCUGGAAUCGUGUUUCACUUCCCAAACAUCCAAGAAACAGCUUCCCGCAGAGUAGCAGAAUUUGGAUUCCAAACGGAGAACUGAAAAGAUUGUUGACGCCACCAGCCUGCUUGAUUGGAGCGCUCAGCAACGUGCCGAUUAGUGAGACAUGGGUGAUGUGCAGCUCGUUACCAAGGCCAGCCUGACCCUGUCCCAGGGACCCGUCGCCAGCGACCCCCCCGCCUUCACCCUCCCCCCCCGCAAUGUGCGCGUGAGCGCGGGGGGCGUUGCCAGACUGGAUGGCAAGGUAAGAGGGUACCCUGAGCCCCAGGUGAGCUGGUACCGGAAUGGGAAGCUGGUGGUUUGUGGGGACCGCUACUCCAUGGAGCAGAGCGCUCGAGGGGCCUUCUGCCUGGUGGUGCGGGGUGUGCAGGAGGAGGACGGAGGCCGCUACACCUGCGAGGCCACCAAUGAUGCGGGGAGCCGCCAGGUUACCGUGGAGAUCACUGUCGAAGGGAGGCCUGGGAAGAAAUACGACCUUCCAUCAUCCGUUAGAACAUCCGGGGGGCGGCUGGGAGUGCCUUCGGUGGAGAACAGGCCCAGUAUCUGGGGGGAGAGCCCCCCGAAGUUUGUGACCAAACCCUCGCGGCUUUUCCUGAGGCCGGGACAGACCGGCAAAUUCUCAGCCAAGAUCACAGGGCGCCCACAGCCCCAAGUCUUGUGGCUCAGGGGGGAGGCGGAGCUACAGUCCGGGGCUCGCCUCAGCAUGUUCGAAAAAUCGGGGAUUCACUUCCUGGAGAUCCGCGACGCUCAAACGGAAGACGCCGGAAUGUACACCUGCUCCGUGGUCAACAGCGCCGGAAAGGCCACGGCAACAGCAGAGCUCAUCAUUCAGGGUCCAGCUUCUGAAUCAAGCAUCCAACGCGGCGUAAAUCUGCCAGUUGCAGUCGCCCCUCUCCCGGAGACGCGGGAGCCUCUUACCGUCGCGAGCGUGAGCAACGGCCUGCUAACUGAGAAGAACCCCGCCGCGACGAGGGAGAGGCCGGACGCCGCGGCCGGGAAGGUGGCCAAUGAGACGGGGGCGCGCGACGCGGAGCCGGCGAGGACAUCGGCGCCGCCGCCGCCGCCGGCCCCCUCCCCCGCAGCGGAGGAGCACCGGGGGGCCGCGCCCAAACUGCGGGCCACCAGCUCCAUCACCCUGCAGGCCCCCAGGGUACCGCCCCCCAGCUGGGCCAGGGGGAGGGGGACGGGGACGAGGACUGGGGUGGGGGCCGCGGAGGACACGCCCGCCGACAGGGCCGCCCAAACGCCCGUGGCGUCGACCCUGCCCGCCGGGGCGGUCAAGCGGUUCGGGAGAGAGAGCCGGUUAGAGUCGACGGGGUCCGCCCCAAAGUUAGACGUCCAGCCAAAGAGCCGGGAUGUUGAGGAGGGGGAAGACAUUGUGUUUGAAUGCCAAGUUUCAGGCUCCCCGGCCCCUACGGUCAGCUGGACUAAAGAUGGGCGGAGCCUGAGAGCAGGGGCGGGGCUUCAGGUGCAGCAGCGGGGGAACGCCCACCUCCUGUGCCUGGAGAGAGUGCGGAAGGAGCAGGGCGGGGUUUAUGGAUGCACGGCCGCCAACAGCAGGGGGACGGCGUGCGCCACCUGGUCCCUCACCGUCAGGAGCCCAAAGCAGGAGGGCCAGGCCCCGGUGUUCAGCAGCGUGCUGAAGGACUGCUCAGUGAGCGAAGGCCAGGACUUCAUUCUGCAGUGCUCAGUGGAGGGGGAGCCCCUGCCGCAGAUCGACUGGCUCUUAAAUGACAAACCCGUCCCGUACACGCACGCCUCGUUCGAGGGGGGCGUGGCGAAGCUGACGGUUCUGGACGCGCUGCCGGAGGACGACGGCUCGUACACGUGCGUGGCUCAGAACGGCCUCGGCAGGGCGGCGUGCACGGCCCGCGUGAGCAUUAAAGAAAAGCAGAGGGCUGAGAGGAGCGAGCCCAACGCAGGCCUCGGGGCGGGGAGCAGGCCCUCGCCCCCGGCGUUUCUCAGGCUCCUGAAGGAUUUGAGAGUCAUGGACGGGAGCCAAGUCAGCAUGACCGUGGAGGUGACCGGCAAUCCCCAGCCAGAACUUGUGUGGUUGCACAAUGGCAAAGAAAUCCAGGAGUCGGAGGACUUCCAUUUUGAGCAGAAGGGGAGCGAGUGCAGCCUGCUCAUCCAGGAGGUUUUCCCAGAGGACACUGGGAAGUACACCUGCGAAGUGUGGAAUGAAGCUGGGGCGGCUCGCUCCGAGGCUACGCUAACGGUUCAAGAACCUCAGGAAGGGGUCCAGCCCUGGUUCAUCAGCAAGCCCAAGCCUGUGACGGCCAGCCUGGGCCAACCUGUCCUGCUGUCCUGUGCCAUCGCGGGGGACCCCUUCCCAGAAUUCCUCUGGCUGAAGGGGGGCCAGGCGCUGUCCUCCGGGGAGGACAUGGAGAUUCUGCAGAAGGAGGACGUGGUCUCCUUGCUCAUCCGGAGAGUGAAGGCUCACCACGCGGGAGACUACGAGAUCAAACUGAAGAACACAGUGGGAGACUGCAGCUGUGUGGCCUCUCUGCUGGUCAGCGAGCGGAAUCCGCCAUCCGGCACAGAGCUUUGCUCCACAGAGCCCGGUCAGAUUUCGGAGGGAGCGGACGGGACAGCGCGGGACAGAGGAGCGUCCAGCGAGCGGAUCAGCAGCAGCAGCAGCGGCAGCAGCAGCAGCUGGAGCAGGAGCAGCAGCAGCUGGAGCAGCGGAGGCGGCGGCGGCGGCAGCAACGCAGAGGAGCCGGCCGGCACCCGCGGGCCGCUGAAGAGGCGGGCGGAGACCCGGGAGCACGGCGAGGACCAGGUGCGGCAGCGGCAGGGCGAGCAGAAGGACUUCCGCAGCCUGCUGGCCCGGAGGGUGGCCACCAAGAGCGUCUCGGAGGAGGACCUGAAGGAGACGGGCGCCGAGCAGAUGGACUUCAGGGCCGUCCUGGGGAAGAGGGGGGGGGCGGCGGCGCCCCCACCGCCGACGAAGAGCGCCCGCGAGCCCGCCCGGGCCCCGCCGACCGACUUCAGGGCGGUGCUGGGCAACAAGAAGAAGGCGCCGGCCCCCGAGAACAACGGCGAGGGCCCCGGCCCCAAAGCGGUGGUGGCUCCGGCGGGGGAGGAGGAGGAGGACGAGGGAGGACGGAAGAACGAGGUCAACUGCGUGGACGGCGGUGGGAUUAUCGAUAAGAAGAGCAACAACAUCGGGAAGGCGCCCGCGUUCGCCCAGAAGCUGAGCGACGAGACGGUGCUGGACGGGGAGCGCCUGCGCCUGCGCUGCCAGGUCACCGGCGACCCGCCGCCCGCCGUCACCUGGACGCUGGACGGGAAAGUCAUCAAGCCGUCCAAGUUCAUCGUCCUGUCCAACGAAGGAGGCAAGUGCACGCUGACCAUCGACAAAGCCCUGCCGGAGGACGAGGGCCUGUACAAGUGCCGGGUGGAGAACGCGGCGGGGGCGGCCGAGUGCUCCUGCAUGGUCCUGGUGGACGACCCUACGGACGCCAGCUUGACACCGGCCGACAAGAAGACCAAGAAACCCUCGGCCCCUACCACAGAGAAUGAAGCAAGAAUAAAGAAGCCGUCACCAAAGACCGCUCCUAAACAAGUCGUUCCUCCUCAGAUAAUCCAGUUUCCUGAUGACAUGAAGAUCCUGGCGGGAGAGAAGGUUGAAAUCCUCUGCAAGUUUGGGGGAGCACUGCCCAUCACCUGCACCUGGCUGAAGUUCAGGAAACCGAUCCAGAAUGGGCAGAGCAAUGUAUCCAUCGAGACCACAGAUUCGUCGAGUAGACUGACCAUCUCACCGACCACACAGGAUGACUGCGGAUGCUACACUGUGGAGCUAAAUAACAAGUUUGGCACCAGACAGGCUGCCCUCAACCUCACCAUUGUAGACAAGCCUGACCCCCCUGCCCGCGUGCCCGCCGCCUCGGACAUCCGCCGAUCCGCCCUCACGCUGUCCUGGUACGGCCCCACCUACGACGGGGGAAGCGCCGUCAAGUCUUACAACCUGGAGAUCUGGAACUCCGUGGACAAGGAGUGGAAGGACCUGAUCUCCUGCAACAGCACCUCCUACAAUGUGGAGAACCUGCUGCCCGACCGGGACUACAAGUUCCGGGUACGAGCCGUGAACAUGUACGGGAUCGGCGAGCCCAGCGCGGAGUCUGAUCCAGUCCGAGUUGGGCAGGAAGAAGAAAAAGAAGAGGAAGACGAGAAGGAGGAAGCUGAGGCAACUGAUGAUGAGAAAGAACCGGAUUACAGAGAUGUGGAAAUCAAAAAGGAACAAAAAGUCAAGGACCUCUAUGAUGUGGAGGAAAGGCUGGGGACGGGGAAAUUCGGACAAGUGUUUAAACUUGUGGAGAAAUCGACUAAAAAAGUCUGGGCCGGAAAAUUCAUCAAAGCCUAUUCCGCAAAAGAGAAAGAAAACGUGAGACAAGAAAUUAGCAUCAUGAACCGCCUGCACCAUCCCAAGCUUGUCCAGUGCAUAGAUGCUUUCGAAGGCAAGUCGGACAUUGUCAUGGUUCUGGAAAUGAUCUCUGGGGGAGAGCUGUUUGAGAGGAUCAUUGAUGAGGACUUUGAGCUCACGGAGCGGGAGGUCAUCAAGUACAUGCUGCAGAUUGUUGACGGGGUGCAGUUCAUCCACAAGCAGGGCAUCGUCCACUUGGACCUGAAGCCCGAGAACAUUAUGUGCAUCAACAAGACCGGGAGCAAGAUCAAACUCAUUGACUUUGGCCUUGCACGCCGACUAGAAACUUCUGGAUCCCUGAAGGUUCUGUUUGGAACGCCAGAGUUUGUGGCCCCAGAAGUAAUCAAUUACGAAGCAAUCAGUUACCCAACAGACAUGUGGAGUAUAGGAGUCAUCUGCUACAUUCUGGUCAGCGGGCUUUCUCCGUUCAUGGGGGACAACGACAACGAGACACUGUCCAACGUCACCUCCGCCACCUGGGAUUUCGAGGACGAGGCCUUCGACGAGAUCUCGGACGAGGCCAAAGACUUCAUCAGCAACCUGUUGAAGAAAGACAUGAGGUCCCGGCUCACCUGCGCUCAGUGCUUCCAGCACCCCUGGCUGAAACAGGACACAAAGAACAUGGAGGCCAAGAAGCUGUCCAAGGAGAGGAUGAAGAAAUACAUCCUGAGGAGGAAGUGGCAGAAAACGGGGAACGCGGUGCGAGCCAUCGGCCGGCUGUCCUCCAUGGCGAUGCUGGCUGGCGUCAGCGCGAAGAAGGGAGGCUCUCCGACUGGUAACCCCAGUGAAGAUGACUUGAGCAACCAGUUGCUGGAGACCCAUGAGGAUGAGGACAGGCCCCAGGCGAAGCCUUCAUUCAGCAAAGUUAUCAAGGACGUGGAGGUGGUGGAGGGCAGCGCCGCCAGAUUCGACUGCAAGAUCGAGGGCUACCCCGACCCAGAGGUGGUGUGGUACAAAGACGACCAGCCCAUCAAGGAGACGCGGCACUUCCAGAUCGACUACGACGAGGACGGCAACUGCUCCCUGGUCAUUUCCGAAGUGUCCGGCGACGACGACGCCAAGUACACCUGCAAGGCUCUCAACAGCCUGGGCGAAGCCACCUGCGUGGCUGAACUCAUUGUGGAGGUCAUGGCAGAGGAAGAGGAGGAAGAGGAGGAGGAGGAGGAAGAGGAAGAGGAGUGAGUGGUACAAGAGGAACAGUCUCCUGUCGAACUUUACUCUUAAUAGCUGCUUUUUGUGAGGCACCCACUCUCUAUCGGACUGAGCAACGGGGGAACAUCGUGCUUGGAUCACCACUCGCUACGUUUGGGCACUUUCUUUCUUUCUUAAGUGUAACAACAGAAAUCAGAUGUUGAUAUUUAUACCUGCGACACCAUUGACAUUCCAGCCGAGAUUUUCUUUUCUUUUCUAGUGAUUUUCGAGUGAUUCUGAACCGCAUGCUGUCGAUGAGAUCUGUUGAACAAAACAAGCCAAAAAGUCUGCUCACGUGUUUUAUUAUCAACAUUAUGAUCUUUGAUAUUACCAGGCCUUUUUUUUUUUUUUUUUUUACCUUUUCAAUGUGUUAUUUUAAAACUAUUUGAGCACAGAAUCCAUAUCAUAUUGUAGUUUGUGCAUCAGUUUUGAAAUAUCCCAGCAUGCAGUUUUGUCCACCAGCUCUCGAUAUACAGGUAGAAACAGAUACGAUAAAAUAACACUAUUUUGAGAUGUAUGUAGACUGUAUUUUAUUCAUUUUUAUUUGAAAAGAAAACAUCUCUUUGGAAAACUGCAGAAUGCAAGUAAUGGAUACACUACAUUAGCAGAUAUUUUAAAAUGUUUCAGAAUAAAUAUUUUCACAAAAGCAUGUUGUGAAUGGAAAAACUAUAAAUUUUCAGCAUUGGAGAAGUUACAGUUACAUGAAAAUCCACUACAGUCACAAACAUUUAGAAUAUAUAUGACUUGCUGAUCAUUUGAACUGAAUCGGGAUGCGUCUUUAAUGCAGAAUAGUUGGACAGACUGGUGUGGAGCUGAAAUGUUUGACAGGAAAGAAGUUGGUGUAAUUCUGACUGAAGAUGGAUCACAGUGAGCUCAGUAAUACUGCACAGGGUUUUUAUUUCUGUUUUUUUUUUUUUUUUUUUCCUGUUUCGAUCUGCUUAGGCAAACCAUCACCAUUUGGUGCAAAUGAAAAUUCAUUUUACAUCUUAUGGUGAGGGAUUUUUUUUCCCUUAAUUAGUCGACCAUCAAGUCAAGCAUUUCGCUAACCUGUUUAUUGCCAAUGAAAAUUCAAUGUUUAUGUCACUUUCCUUUGAAAAGUAAAAUGCACACUCAUGAUUCUUGGUGUGUUCUUUUUGUAAUGGUUUUAUGUCAUGAUUAUUACAGCCACAGUCAAGGUUUCAAAUGGAAAUAAAUAAAAAAACACAAUUUUGUUGAGCUUGGUAUAUUUGUAGAGGAUUGUGGUACAUCUGUACUCUCUGUAAAGAAUUGGCCUUAAUGAUUAGAAGGAAUACAGCAAACAUUUACUCCACUUUGGUCUGAUAAAGUACAAAAUCAGGGUGGAAUUUUUCGUGACAAAGGGUUUUAAGAUGAUUUGUACAGGCGUACAAUGUCAAGUUGUGUAUUAUGAUAAAAACAUGCAUUCAUGAAAUAUUUAUUGGUUCUAGAAUAGAAACUUGUACUAAUUGUAUUUUUCACCUUUCAGCAUUAAACUAAAUUUAAACUACA